AUGCGCGCGACGGAGGGAGAAGAGGCGCUGCUGUCGUCCGUGAGCGAGGAGGGUCUGCCGCGCACGGCGGUCAUCGGGGUCCUCGGUGGGGGGCAGCUGGGCCGCAUGAUGGCCAUUGCCGCGGCCAACAUGGACGUGCGGAUGCGCGUCCUGGACCCCUCGAAGCCCGCCCCCGCCUCCAUUGCCGCACAGCAAGAUGUCGGGUCCUUCCGGGACAAGGACGCGAUCCUCAAGUUCGCGCGCGACGUCGACAUCCUCACGGUCGAGAUCGAGCACGUCGACGUCGACGCCAUCGAGCAGGUGCAGCAGGAGCUCGACAUCGAGGUCCACCCGUCCCCACAGACGCUGCGCGUCAUCCAGGACAAGUUUGCGCAAAAAGUGCACUUCGCCGACAACGGAAUCCAGGUGCCGUCGUUCUGCGACGUCCCCGACCAGGCGGCCCUCGACGAGGCCAUCGAGCGCUUCGGACUCCCCCUCAUGCUCAAGGCCAAGCGCAUGGCGUACGACGGCCGGGGAAACGCGGUGAUCCGCGACCGCGAGGGCGCGGCGGCGGCGGUGGAUCAGCUAGGGGGGUUCGAGCACGGUCUCUACGCCGAGCAGUGGGCGCCGUUCACGAAGGAGCUCGCGGUGAUGGUCGCGCGCAGCCGCGUGGGCGAGGUCAAGGCGUACCCGCUCGUGCAGACGGUGCACCGGAAUAGCAUCUGCCUCGUCACGGAGGCCCCCGCCGCCGUCACGUCGGUCGUGGCCUCGAAGGCUCGCGGGCUCGCGGAGCGCGCAAUCAGCUCGCUCUACGGCGCGGGGGUGUUUGGCGUGGAGAUGUUCUUGAUGCCGGACGGCAGCGUGGCGCUGAACGAGGUGGCUCCGAGGCCCCACAACAGCGGGCAUUACACGAUCGAGGGCUGCCGGACGUCGCAGUUCGAGCAGCACGUGCGCGCGGUGCUCGGGUGGCCCCUGGGCGACACCAGCCUGACGUGCGCGAGCUGCGUGAUGUACAACGUGCUCGGGCAGGCGGAGGGGGCGGAGGGCACGCGCAUCGCGCAUGCGCACAUCGAGAGGGCGCUGGCGACGCCCGGCGCCAAGUUCCACUGGUACGGCAAGACGGGCUCGGUGGCCGUCGGGCGCAAGAUCGGACACGUCACGCUGUGCGCGCGCUCGCGCGCCGAGGGACGGUCGCAGCUGCGCGCCUUCGACGCCGAGGCCGCGGAGGAGCUCGGGCCGUCCGACGCCCACGGCGGCCCGCCCCCCCGCGUGGGCAUCAUCAUGGGAUCCGACAGCGACCUUCCUACGAUGAAAGCUGCGGCCGAGACCCUGGAGGACCUGGGGAUCCCCGUCGAGGUGACGAUUGUGUCGGCGCACCGCACGGUGGACCGCAUGGUGGAGUACGCGCGCACCGCGCACGAGCGCGGGCUGCAGGCGAUCAUCGCCGGCGCGGGCGGCGCGGCGCACCUCCCCGGCAUGGUGGCGUCGCUAACGCCGCUCCCGGUGAUCGGCGUGCCGUGCAUUCCGAAGGGGUACCCGCUCGACGGCGUGGACGCGAUGCUGUCGAUCCUGUGCAUGCCCAAGGGCGUGCCCGUCGCCACCGUCGCCAUCGGCAACGCAGCCAACGCGGGCCUGCUUGCGGCGCGGAUCAUCGGGGCAGCGGACCCCGUGGUGCUGGACCGCAUGCUCGAGUACCAGCAGCAGAUGCGCGAGACGGUGGAGACCAAGGCGGCUGCGCUCGAGGAGCAGGGCUGGCGCGGAUACCUCGGGCAGUGA